AUGGUAAGUGUAGCAGAUAUAGCAGAUACUGAAGAAGUUAAAAAGUUGAGAUCUCUCUAUAAAGACAAAUUAGCGACAUUACAAGAAAUGUUUGAAGAUUGGACAGAAGCAGAUUUGCUGUUCACUUUAAACGAAGCUGAAGGUGACAUCGAACUCACAGUUAGUCGAAUCAGUGAUGGUCAUACAAGUCAAUGGGGUGAAGUUAAAUCUCGUAAAUCUAAAAAAGAUCAUAGUAAUAAAACCAAAUCUACCGGACAACCUGGUGUUUCUCAACGUGGUAAUGCUGGUAGUGGUGUUGUUACUAAUGUUACCGGUAAUAGUGGUAACGGAAGAUCUCGUGGUCGUGGUGGAAGAAGAGAUGAUCGAACUAAUAGUAGUAGUAGUCGAGCUAUAAAAAAAGAAAAUGGUUCAGGACAUGGUCGAACUUCACGUCAACAUCCAAAUGGACCCAGUUCUUCUUUUCAUCACAAUGAAACAAGCAACGGUAACCAAUUCAAAUCAUCUACCACCAACGAUUCUAAUUCUUGGGGCAACAAUGAUUCGUCUGGUGGAGGAAAUAAUUGGUCUUCGGAUGCUAACAACAAUGACGAAUUCCUUACUAAUAAUGAUUGGAAUUCUAAUGAGACAAAAAGUUGGGGCGAUACCGAACCAACCUUCAUUACUAAAUCUACAAAAAACGAAGUAGUAUCUUCAUCAUCACAGAAUACUGCUACUAAUUUGUCAUCAACAAUAGAAUCAAAAACUGAAGGUAGUUGGGGAGAUGAAGAUAUCAACAUAUCUACUACAACAACUGCUACUUCCUCUAAUGAUUUCUCCAAGGAUGACUCUAAUCUUAAUAAAGAUGGUUGGGCAUCGUCAUCUUCAGAUACUCAUCAUAACUCCAAUGAGUUACGGGUAUCUGAUAAUUGCAACAAUAAUAAAAAUUCUAGGGAUUUUUCAAAAUCAUACAAAAAUUCUACUACAUCGAAACCUUAUUCAUAUUCAUCAUCUACACCUACUCCUAGUUCUUCUAAUAAAUCACCAGUACCGCCUAAAUCACGGACAAUACCUCCUCAGUCCAAAACUUCUUGGGCUCAAAUUGUGAAGCCGGAACAUAAACCCGAAACAACAUCUACUACCCCUAUACAGCAACAUCAUAACAACACUAAUACCAAGAGCUCACUUGAAGCAACAAAACCUUUAUCACCGAAUAUAUUGAAAACAACUCCACCAAUACCGACACAGUCUCCAUCAAAAGUUGUUGAACAAGUCAUUAUAAAUGAUAACAACAACAUAAGUAUUAAUAAUGAUUUCCAACAAGAAACCAUUUCAACGACUUCUACCCCAGAAAUCGCGAUCUCUGAAAUUGAAGAAACUAAAAAAAAAUCACCUCCAGCAUCAUCACCAUUGUUAAAUAAGGAAGAAAUCAUACCACAUGGUCUAAAAUCAAAAACAACUACUACUGCACGUCGACUCAAACAAGAUGCCCCUGUUGUAAUGCCUACUAAUGGAACUGGUGUAGAAAGAGUUGGUGUUCAAUUUGGUAGUUUAAGUUUAUCGGAAACUUCAGAGGAACAGGUAGAAAUGGUCGAAAAUGAUCUUUCGUCUCUUGUCCAUCAAGAUGAACUUUCUAAUUCUUCUACACCAACUUCUAUUAAUCGCCUACCUACAUCCAGCUCAUCUACCUCAUCCACCUCAUCCAUACAACAACAACAACCAUCAUCCAUCAACAGCAGUGCACCAUCAAGUGUGCCAACAAAUGCUUCAAAUCAAACAUCACAAAAUUACAAUGCUUCAUACUUGAAACAACAACAAGAACAAUCUGCUGCUACUGCAUAUUUAAAUCAACAUCAUUUGGGAGGAAUAGAGCCAAUAAGUGCUCCCUAUACUUCUUACAUAAACCAACCACCAAAUCAAUUGUCACAAUUUGGUAUUGGACCUAUUCAACCUGAUUAUGCUACAUUAUAUCCUGCUGAAGCUCAGCGAGGAGGAUAUUAUGCAGACCCUUCAUAUCCACAAGCCUCACCUGUUACAUCUUCAGUAGGUGGAUUUCAAGGAAGAGACAAUGUACCAUAUUAUCAUCCAUACUACUAUAUGACAAACCAAUUUCCUUCUGCCUAUCAGCAAUCUGGUUAUGGCCAACCAUUUGUAAAUGUAAAUAAAUCAAUGUAUCCAAUGUACAACCCACACACUAGCAAACCUGGAUCGGCAUCAGGUGCAUCACCUUAUGGUUACCCCACGACCCCUACUACUCCCAGCACACCUCAUUACUCAAACACUGGAUAUGAUGAAGUGUCUCCUCCAAUACAUCAUCUUCCUGGUGCAGUACCUAAUGUUCAUGAUUAUCAGAAAACUUAUGGAGGAGGCAGUGGUAUGCCACCAAUUAAUUUCUUGGGUAAUGCAGGAGGUGUUAAUAGCAAUCCACAACCUUCCUCUGCAUCAGGUGGAUCAAAUACCACUACAUCAUCAAAGACUGGUAACAAUAAUUCAGACUUGAAUCCUCAAGGCCAAUACAAAUCUUAUCAGGAUAAAGCUUCUGCAUCAGGCCAACAACAAUCUUCGGGGGUUGGCAAAUCUGGUGCAAUACAGCAUCAACAACAAUCUAGCACUCCCAAUUAUUAUAGUCAACAACAAGCUCAACAAGUGUUUAAUAGUUAUCAAUAUCCACAAAACCAUCAAUACCACCCUCAUCAAGCACAUCAUCAAGGUGCUGGAAAUCGUAGUCAAUACUGGAAUCAAAAUUAA